AUGAUCUUCUUCGCAAUAGUCGUGUUUAGAGUAGUGAAUGGUGAAGCAUUUCCUGAUGGAUUCAAAUUUGGUGCGGCAACUUCGGCUUAUCAAAUUGAAGGCGCGAGAAGUGUAUCAGACAAUGGAGUAAAUAUAUGGGACACUUACACUCACAACCACCCGGAGUUUAUAGCUGAUAGAGCCACUGGUGAUGUUGCCUGUGACUCCUACCAUCUGUGGAUGAAGGAUAUUGAUAUUGCUGAACAAUUAGGCUUGGAUUUCUACCGGUUCUCGAUAUCCUGGAGUAGAGUUCUACCCACAGGUCUAACAAACAAUGUGAGCAAUGAUGGGGUCGAGUAUUACAACAAAAUUAUAAAUGAGCUUCUCAGGCGAAACAUAGAACCAAUGGUUACAAUGUAUCACUUUGACUUACCACAAACGUUACAAGAUCUUGGUGGUUGGACUAAUCCUCUAAUAGUUGAAUGGUUUCAAAAUUACGCUCGAGUUCUCUUAGAUUUAUACGCCGACAGAGUGAGAACUUGGGUAACUAUCAAUGAACCUUUACUUGUUUGUGAUUACAUCUACACCAGCGGAACCCUGGCACCUGGUAUUUUGGAGCCAACUUUUGCCCCAUAUCUUUGUAACAAGUAUGUAUUAUUAGCUCAUGCUAAGGCUUGGAGGAUAUACGAUAACGAAUAUAAACGAAGAUAUCAAGGUAAAUUGUCUAUUGCUAUCAACCCAGUUUGGAUCGAGCCAAGCACACCACAAUUUAAGGACUUGGCCGAGCUGGGUCAACAAUUUGGAGCUGGCCGCUACUCUUAUCCAAUCUAUUCAAAGACUGGUGGCUGGCCGCCGUCUGUAGAAAAGUACAUGAAAAAUUUAAGUAAAAAGGAAGGUUAUUCGAAAUCUAGAUUACCAGAAUUUACACACGAAGAGAUUAAACUCAUUAGAGGCACUUACGACUACUACGCUCUGAACCACUAUACAAGCCGACUUAUUCGCCCAACUAAACCAGGCGAAACGGCAGGUGCCUGGAACUUCUAUGGCUCCACAGACCUCGAUGCCGUGUUAGAGUCACCACCAUGGUGGCCUCCCACCGCCGCCACUGAAGUUGUGAUUCUUAACGCUAUUAGAAAGGGAAUAAAAGUGGAAGGUUACACGGCUUGGUCACUUAUGGAUAAUUUCGAGUGGUUGGGGGGCUACAGGACCAGCUACGGUUUAUACAAAGUUGACUUUGAAAACCCCAUGCGGAAGCGUACUCCUCGAAAUUCCGCUAGAUUUUACGCCGACGUUAUUAAAACAAGAAGAAUAAACUUCAUUUUCAAUGCAACACAUUGA